AUGACUUCGACUAUUGUGCUGUUUUUCGUGCUUUUAUUACUAUCCCAGAAUAUCCGCGGAUGGCAUAUCGCGUUUCCGAACAACAGUGAGAUUGUCAGCAAUGAACUUCGCGAAACAUUUCAACCGGCUUUUAUAUUUCCAGGGACAAAAUGGUGCGGCAGUGGUGAUAUAGCGGAUGGCCCGGACGAUUUGGGAGUAUUUGCGAUGACUGAUGCAUGUUGUCGUGAACAUGAUAAUUGCAAAGAUAUAAUCGAACCAAUAGAGACUAAGCACGGCUUGAUUAAUUCUGCUUUUUACACGAGGCUACACUGUUCGUGCGACGAGAGGUUCUACGAUUGUCUCCACAGCUCGGAGGAACUCGUUAGCGCAAAGGUUGGCUUCCUCUACUUCAGCGUGUUAGACACGAAGUGCUUCCGCGAAGACUAUCCCAUCGUUGGCUGCAAACGCCAUUCACUCAUUCCUAGACGUUGUUUGGAGUACGAGCUGGACGAAAGCCAACCGAAGAUGUAUCAGUGGUUCGACGUACCCACGUAUUUUCAAAACGACCACCGGAUGGUGAUGGCCGAUCGUCAUAUUCGAUCACUCGAUUCCGGCACUUCAUUCGCAGACCGAUAGGAAUCUAUUUUGUGGAACCGCUGACCACUGGAGGGAACGUCAUACGCGUGUAAAGCCAUAUAAAUUCGC